UUGCAAGACAGGAAAGAACGCGGGAGUUUGGAAAUGCGAGCUGUAUGGACAAAAAAUCGGAUUCAUGGUUUGCGUCAAACGUUUUCCUUUUUAGUGAGAGGGUAUGCGGACGCGCGCGUCAGCACAGUCAAAGAUUUAAAACAAAACUUGUGGAAAAGACUCUGGAAGGAAACACACGUAGAGUACAUGCCCAAUGAUUGUGUUCGUAUCUUGCUAGGGAAUAAACCAUUACAAACGACCAAUGGGUUUCCAGUUGUAUUACCGAAAACGAUGGAGUCAGUUGCACAUCUAGUCGCUAGAGAAUGGAACCAAUUGACCCCAGGCAGUAUCGGUAAGUAUCAACUUUCUCUAACUUCGCUCGUGACACGAGCUAUUGAUAUGAAGACGUGGAAAGAGCAAAAGAAUGGCGAGGAGACACUGAAUGUACUGUACGAACAACUCAUGAACUAUCUCGACAGUGACACGGUUCUCGUUUAUGCUCCCUCACAUGAGUAUGAAGGCAAACUGUUAGCUGAACAAAAACAAAGAUAUUUCCCGCUGAAAGCGAAUAUCGAGGAACUGUUUGGACUCCAACUAAAGUAUCUCGACGGAGACAAGGGGUUAAUUCCAAACAAACAGCCGCUUGAAGUAAAACGUGCCGCCUUUCAAUGGCUCCGGCAACAGAACCAUUGGCGUCUGGCUUGUUUUGAACAGAUUACCCGAAGCAUGAAGAGCUUCGUCAUUGGUAUGCAUAUGACAAUGAAUAAAAUGGACACCAAGAAUGCCAUUGAAUGUGCAAACCUGGAAACGAAAUACCAAACGGAAAAGUGGGGCAGACUAAAAGAAGGUAAGAAGUAA